ACAUUUGUUGAAAAAUAGAAAUAAAGUGAAUAGGAUAAAAUCAAGAAUAAGUAGAAAUCGUUGGACACACCAAAAUGGAAGAUAAUCAUUUAAAAGAGUUUUCGCCGGAUGAAAAACUUUUCGCAAUAAUUCAAAACGAGGGAAAGUUGAAAAUUUGGGAUGUUGAAACAAAUCAACUGAAACAAGAAUAUGUACCGAAUCUUCAUUUAUCAACACCUGUAACUGCAAUGAAAUGGAUUCGAUUGAACCUUGAUCAUGAAAAGAGAAAAUCUAGACAUUCAGAUGCCGGUGGAAGUUUGUACAUCAUUUUAGGAACUAAUAGAGGAGGACUUGCUUUAUUCUCGUAUGCUUCUGCUAAAAUCGAAGCAUCAUUCAAAGGUGAAGGACAUUUAGGAACUGUCACGUCAAUUGAUCACGACAACUCCCAAUAUGUUUACAGUUGUGGUUCCGACGGAAAAGUUAUCAAAUGGAAUAUUCAAACUUCUUCACAAGAAUCUUAUUUUAAUUGUGGUCCAGAAAAGCCGACAGCAAUUUGUGUUCUUGAAAAUGGCGAUAAAAUCGCAACCGCUUCAAAAGGCAUCAAAGUAUGGGAAGAUUCAAAGCUUAUUCAAAAUUUUAUCGGUCAUUCCAAGAACGUCACAACUCUUAAAUCUUUCGAGUAUGAUGAUGAAACAUUUAUACUCAGUGCGUCGAAGUCUGACCGACAUUUAUCUCUAUGGAAACUCAGCGAUGACAAUAACACGAGCGCCACUUCAACUUUCACACUUCUUAUUGGUUCUCCCAAUUGCGUGAACUUUCAAUUAACUGAAGAUAGACUUCAAAUUGCUUGCAUUUGUCGAUCAGACUCUAUGAUGUUCUUUGACACAAACUUACAAAAUGUAAAAAGCAAAAAACCAAUCAAACAAAAAUUCAUGCUCGAAAUUGCAAGCGACGCUGAUAAUGAUGAAGUCGAUCACGUACCAAUCAAUGCUGUGCUGAUUGUUCGUAAUGAGCUUCUCAUCGGAUAUGGCGAUAUGAUAAUGAAGUUUGAAACGAUUUCAAGCAAACAAUCUGAUAAAUCCGUCAUUCUUGUUCGUAAAGAUCCAAUGAAAAUGGAUGUGAAGAAAAAGAACAAAAAGGGAGAGCUUGAUGAAGAUUUGAACACUGUAACGCCACUUACGGAUAAAAAUGCUGAAAUUUUGUCAUCUGUAAGUGCCACGAAAAGAGUUCAAAAGCCUGUGGAGUUGCCACUAGAAACAAGAUUGGAUAAUUUAGCGGGUGGAGAAAGCAAACGUCCAAAUGCAAAGAAAAUGACUCAUCAACUCAUCCAAGGAUUGCAAGCUCGUGAUGCAAAUGUAAUUCGGAAUAUUCUGCGACAAAAUGAUAAUGAAACUGUUAAGUUGACAGUGAAAUUUCUUCCAUCACAGUAUGUGAUGCCUUUGGUUGAUGAGUUGUCGAAGCUUAUGAGCGGACGAAGUUCAUCAUCAGAAAUUGCUUUGGUGUGGCUCCGAAAUUUAAUUCAAAUUCAUGCAAGUAGUUUGUUGUCUUAUGGCGCUGAUAAUUUGAAUGCAACAUUUGGACCUUUGUUGGGAAUCAUCGAUCAACGUACUCAAAGUCUUCCAAUGCUCGCAAGAUUGAAAGGACGCUUAGAACUUCUCGUAAGUCAAAUGAAACAAAAUUGUGAUCCGGAAGAUGAAAUACGACAUGAAAACUUGUUAGUUUACGAAGAUUCUGAUGAUGAUUCCAACAAUAUGGAUGUCGAAAGCAACUCAUCAGAUGAAGACAUUUUUGAUGAGUUUGAAGAUGAAGAAGAGAAAGCAAAAGAAGAUUUUAGUAAAGACAAUGGCGAUACAAUGGAUUAUUCUGAUUAAGAUUUUCAAUUUAAUUAAAUUUUAUCAAAAAGCUUUGAAUUUAUUUAAUGGUUUUAAUUAACAAAGUAAAAUUUGAAAAAUAUUAAAGAAAUUUGAAUUCAUUUCUACCAGCGAUCUUCAAAGUUUUUUUUCUAAUCAAUUUUAUGUCAAUAAAUCAAUUAACCGGAAUUGUUAAUCUACUCAGUAGAAUUAUGGUGA